AUGCCGGACAAGGCAGAUGAAAAUGUGGCCGAGGGAAAGAAGGCCAGCCUACUUGGAAAGAUGAAGCGAAUUAAGGACAUCAAGGGAGCCGCGGGCAGGUUCUUCUCUUACACUCGCCUGCUGUUUUCCCUGGACUACACUCUGACGGACGUCCUGCUCAUUAUAACCGGUGUCUUCUUCUCAAUCGCCGCGGGUAUCCCAUUCCCCCUGCUCGGUAUCGUUUUCGGUCAAUUGAUCGACGACCUCAACUCCUCCCAGUGCUCUCCCUCCGAAGAAUCGAGCAGCAAGGUCUCGGACGGAGUGCGGCAGAAGGUCCUCUACGUGAUCUACAUCACUAUCGCCAACUGGUGUUUCAUCUACAUCCAUUGCAGCUGCUGGUGCUAUGUCAGUGAACGCAUCGCACGACGGUACCGCCGACGAUACUUUGAGAGCGUCGUAAAGCAAGACGCGGCGUAUAUCGAAAGUCUCUCUGCAGGAGACAUCGUCUCGCGGCUGGUGAGUGAUGUCGAGACACUGCAGUCUGGAACGUCGGAGAAGGUGGGCCUUGUAAUAUCAACAGUCUCGUACUUUGUGGCCUCCUAUGUCGUGGCGUUCAUCAAGGUGCCCAUCAUUGCUGGAAUUCUGAUUUCCGUCGUCCCUUGCUUCUUUAUGAUGUCCAUGCUGGGCUAUCUGAUCAAGAGAUACGCCGGUCGCAUAUCCACGCAUGUCAAUGCUGCGACCUCGAUUGCCUCGUCCAGUUUGUCGCAACUGCCCCUGGUCCAUGCCUUCAAUGCGAACCAGAGCCUGGAACGCGAAUUCGCCAGCCACCUCUCCGCGACCAGGAUCGAUGCUCUGAAGAAGGCCACGACGCAUGCCGUUCAACUCGGUCUGCUCUACUUCAUUGCCUACAGCGCCAAUGCUCUGGCCUUCUGGGAGGGCUCUCGCCUGAUCGCUGAUGCCGUUGAAACCAAUGACAACUCAACGUCAGUGGGCGCGGUCUACACCGUCAUCUUCGUCCUAAUCGAUGCUUCUUUUAUCCUCAGCCAGGUCGCUCCGUUUGUUCACGUCUUUGCGGCCGCAGUAGGCGCCGCAGAUCGGUUGUUGGCGGUGAUAAACCGUCCCUCUGAUAUUGACGGAACGAGCGAGGAGGGCGAUAAGUCUGCUUCGUUCAGCACGCAGGACAUUGUCUUGCAAGACGUGCGCUUCCAUUACCCUUCACGACCGGACGCGGAGGUUCUACAAGGCGUGAACUUCACCAUCCCCCCUGGAAAGCACACCGUGGUCGUCGGCCCAUCCGGUGGCGGUAAGUCAACCAUCGUGUCUCUCCUGGAGCGCUUCUACGACCCAACAGCGGGUCAAGUUCGUCUGGGCGAGCAGGACUUCCGUGACUUGAAUGUGCGGUAUCUCCGUGGCAACGUUGGGCUUGUCCAGCAGGAGCCAGUCCUGCUCGACCGUUCUAUCCUCGAGAACAUUGCCUAUGGGCUCAUCGUUUCCCCCAUCGAGAGCCACCAGGCUCUCGUUCCGUUUGCUGCCGACUCGACCCUGGCUGAUCUGACCGACAUGGUCCGCAGCGGUACGCCAGAGUCCGAAGCCCUUGCACAGUUCGAUCCGAAAGUGUCUGAGAUUGUUGAGCUGGUCCGACAGGCCGCCGCGCGCUCCAAUGCCUUGUCCUUCAUUGACGAGCUCCCCCUGGGGGUUUUCACUGGUUCUGGCACCCUUGGUAGUCAGCUGAGUGGUGGUCAGAGACAGAGAAUCGCCCUUGCAAGAGCUCUUAUCCGUGAAUCCUCGGUCCUUAUCCUCGACGAAGCCACAGCAGCCCUAGACUCAAAGAGCGAGAAGCUCAUCCAUGACGCUCUAAUCAAUCUGCCAGACCGGGUGACAAUGGUUUCCAUUACCCAUCGAUUGGCCACCGCCAGAAACGCCGACAAGAUCAUUGUCCUGGAACAGGGAAAGGUCGCUGAGGAGGGCACCCAUGCAGAACUCGUUGCAAAGGACGGCAUUUACGCUGGAAUGAUACGCAUUCAAACGCUUGCGAAUGUCAGCCCAGAGCUAACCCCUUCGGAGUCUUCCAUCGAGAGUGAGGAUAUUCCGGUGGAGGAAGACAACUCCGUAACCAAAGAGGCCUCCAUCACUGUCCAGGAACCAAAAGAUUCAACCGAGUACACCGAUGAAAAGGGACAAACCAAGGAAGAAGGCGACAAGAAAUCAAAGUCCAAGAGCAAAGACAAGCGGGAGCACACUGGCUGGUUCAUCACCAAAUUUACAUUUGCCCUUCUACGCCCAAACUUUGGAUACAUCGUUCUUGGUCUGGCAGCAGCGGUCAUUAUCGGUGGGUGUUAUAUCGCGGAGGCCGUUAUAUUCGGUCACACCCUUGGAGUCUUGAACCCUUGUGUCGGCGCUGAGGCAAUCCGGAGUGGUGGUGAGCUUUUCGGAUUGCUUUUCUUCGUCAUGGCCCUCGUCGAGCUCUUUGCCAAUCUGGUGAGCGGCUUUGCAUUUGGAUGGGCUGCCCAGAAGGUUCUAUACCGGAUUCAGGUUCUCUCUCUACGGUCACUGCUGCGCCAGAGCAUCUCCUGGCACAAAUCAGAAGGCCGCACUCCGGGGACACUGCUCAGCCAUAUCACCAGCGAUGCCACUGCCCUUGGAGGGAUCACUGGUACCACCAUCGGUCUCCUCUUGGCCGCCGCUGUGAAUCUGGUUGCUGGCGUGGUCGUGUCCUUCGCCAUUGCAUGGAAGAUCACCAUUGUACUUCUGCCGACGAUCCCUGUUCUUCUGCUUUCGGGGUUCAUGAAGCUGCGCACACAAUCCCGGUUUGCUGAGCGGCAUCAAAAGGCUUUUGCCGAUGCCACGUCUAUCACCGUUGAAGCAGUCGACAACCUCCGCCUGGUAUCCGCCUUCUCCUUGGAGAAGAAGGUCUAUACAACAUACGAACGAGCAUUACGAGAGCCGUAUGACAAGACACUGCGCUCGAUUGCAACCGGCAACGUCUUCCUGGCAUCGGCCUUCAGCGUCAGCAACCUGGUGUAUGCCCUGGCCUACUGGUGGGGAACUCGGCAGAUCCUGGAGGGUCGUUACACCCAGACGCAGUUCUUCAUUGUCAUGCCUGCACUUCUAUUCAGUACCCAGUCCUGCAGUCAAAUGUUUGCUCUGGCACCCGACAUCUCCAAGGCUGGCGUCGCAUCAACAAACGUUACCCAGUUGCUGACAACUCGUUCGGCGGAUGAGGAGCUCGGCCACAAACCCUCAAAGCGAGUCAGUGAUUAUGAUACCCAUCUGCUCCCUGAGAAGCCCCACGAUGACGAGGCUGUACCUCCAUCCGGUCAGUCAGACAACGAGAAGGGGAGAGUGUCUCUGAGUGCUGGCGGCAUCGGCGUCGAGCUCAGGGACGUGCACUUCGAAUACCCUUCGCGGCCAGGUCGGCCAGCCCUAUCUGGGCUGAAUAUCAAGGUGCAGCCUGGUCAAUUCUGCGCCUUAGUUGGACCCAGUGGAUCAGGGAAAUCGACGACGUUUUCCAUGGUAGAGCGAUUCUACCGCCCUGCAUCGGGAUCCGUGAUCAUUGACGGUGUCGACAUUACGCGCCAGCUUGGAACAGGCUUCCGUGAUGAUAUCUCUCUUGUCCCUCAGGAGAAUGUGCUCUUCGAGGGCACAGUCGCUUUCAACAUUGGGCUAGGAGCCCGUCCUUCGCACCAGCCAACGCAGGAGGAAAUUGAGGAGGCUUGCAAGAUGGCGAAUAUCCACGACGUGAUUGAAGCUCUGCCCGAUGGUUACCAGACCCACUGCAGCCACGAUGGAAAGCAGUUUUCCGGUGGUCAGCGCCAGCGACUGUCGAUUGCACGAGCGCUUGUACGCCAGCCACGCCUGCUGUUGCUCGACGAGUCCACCAGUGCCCUGGAUGCUGAGUCCGAACGGCGGAUGCAAGAAGCACUCAAGAGACUGCAGGGACGCACAACGGUCAUCGCCAUUGCACACAGGCUGAGCUCGAUUCAACAGUCGGACCGCAUAUUCCUCAUUGACAACGGGCGCUGUGCUGAGCAAGGAACGCACGUUGAACUCAUCCAACGCAGCGAGAUGUACCGCACCAGUGUUCUUCACCAAUCCCUAAAUACAUAG